GCGGGCUGUCCAAUAGGAGAAGGGGUUGCGUUGAUGGAGGGCUCAGCCCCUCAAUGAGGUGGCGGGGCGGGAUGUGAGGCCGCGGCGGGAGGCGAUGGCGGCUGCGGCGGGACGGUUGGAGCUGGCGGCCGCGGCGCGAGAAAUGGCACAGGAACACAUGGAAGUAGAUCUCCAGCCAGCAGUAGAGGAAUUUCCUGUACAGGCCUCUGGUCAUUCUCUGCUACCGUUGUCAGCUAAUACUCCAGUGCCUGGUGAAGAAACAGAAGGCAUUGCAGCUCCUCCUAGUCCAGGAGAGACAGAUGAUGAGUCUGACCCACAGCUGAAUGGUGCAUCUGCUGUAGAUAGGCUGCAGAGGCUACGUGGGGUAUUAGAGUUGUUUCGAUUGCAGGCUACACAGCCAGUCACACAACAAGAACAACACUUCCCUCUCCUGGUGUCACCAACAAGAAGAACUCGUCACCAGCAGCAAAGAGUUGGUGGGUCCCAGAGGACAGGCAAUGCCAGGCCUAGGGGACGAUUAGAUAGAUAUUUUAGUUUUAGCAGGACCCAAAGGGCAGCAACAGUAGCAGCUCCGCUGCUGGAGACUUUGCGUCUCCCUGUGAACAACACAGGUCACAGCUCUGAUGAAACCGUGGAGUUGAGUGACUCUGACAGCAGCAGCUCUUCAGAGUUGGGUACAACAGCAGCAGCCCAGGAGGAGGCACCUGCAGCAGAUGGCUUGAGAGCUUCUGAUCAGGUCCAAACAGAGGCCCCUGGAGCUUUGUAUUCUGCAGAGCAUGAAAGUCAUAAUGGUGAGGGGGCCACAGUCCAACAGAAACAGACCAGUCCACUAAAGAAACCUGAUACAACAGUUCCCACUGCACCCUUGGAUGAUGAAGAGGGAGAUAUCUGCACCAUCUGCUUUGAGCAGUGGAGCAAUGCUGGGGAGCACAGGCUCUCUGCACUCCGGUGUGGACACCUCUUUGGGUAUACUUGCAUUGACAGGUGGCUCAAGGGUCAGGCAGGGAAGUGCCCCCAGUGCAAUAAGAAAGCAAAGCGCUCUGACAUUGUGCUCCUGUAUGCCCGUACUUUGAAAGCACUGGACACCAGUGAACAGGAGCGCAUGAAAAGCUCUUUAGAAAAAGAGCAAGUGCUGAGGAGACAGGCAGAACUGGAAUCUGCCCAGAGCCGGCUGCAGCUUCAGGUCUUGACUGAUGAGUGUAGUAAACUUCGCAAGCAAGUCCAGGAGCUGAAAGCAUUGAUGGCCCAGCAUAACACCAGCGCUUCUCAGCAACCGGGCAGCUCCCGUUCCUAUUUACCAGGUACUCUCCCAUCAAGCCAGAGCCAGCACAAAUACCACUUUGAAAAGGCCUUCUUGGUUUCUCGGUCUGGGAGCUGCAGGGUCAUGGCUUACUGCGACUCAUUGAGUUGUCUUGUGGUGUCACAGCCCUCUCCACAGUCUACGCUUAUUCCUGGCUGUGGGGUAAAGAUGAUGAGUGCUGCCAAUUUGAGAAGCAGUCAAUACAUCCCCAUCCAUAGUAAGCAGAUCCGGGGAUUGGCUUUCAGUAAUCAGACACAUGGCUUGCUCUUAUCUGCUUCUUUGGACCAUACGCUUAGACUUACCAGCUUGACAACAAAUACUGUGGUUCAAACAUACGAUGCUGGCCGUCCUGUCUGGAGCUGUUGUUGGUGCCUUGAUGAUACCAACUACAUCUAUGCUGGGCUGGUCAAUGGCUCUAUCCUAGUGUAUGAUUUAAGGGAUACACGGUCUCAUGUCCAGGAAUUAGUCCCUCAGAAGUAUAGGUGUCCCAUGGUGUCACUGUCUUAUCUACCCCGCAUGGCCUCUGCCUCGGUACCUUAUGGUGGAGUUAUAGCUGGUACCUUAGAAGGAGCCUGCUUUUGGGAACAGAAAGAUAGUAACUCUUAUCGGCCUCACCACCUGCCUGUAGAGCCUGGGGGCUGUAUUGAUAUCCAGACUGAAAUAAACACACGGCACUGCCUUGCAACAUACAGGCCUAAUAAGAACAACCCCUACUUGCGUUGUGUGGUGAUGGAACUUUCCUGUAGUCCUCUAACAGAUGCCUCUGAUAUCAUCAUCUGCUCAUGUCACCCAGUGCAAACGUUCAGUGCUGGGCCUACCUGCAAACUGCUUACCAAAAAUGCCAUCUUUCAGAGUCCAGAGGAGAACGGCAGAAUCUUGGUGUGUGCUGGUGAUGAGGCGUCAAACUCUGCCAUGUUAUGGGAUGCUGGGAGUGGCACCUUACUGCAGAAACUACAAGCUGAUCUACCUGUGUUGGACAUCUGCCCCUUUGAAGUGAACUGCAAUAACUUCCUAGCUACUCUGACUGAGAAGAUGGUGAAGAUCUACAAGUGGGAAUGAAUAAUAGUCCAUAAGCUCUCCAGAGGAAGGAUUUUCCAAAAUGUGCUGCUGGCCAACCACUUCAGUAGAGUGUCCGGUGCCCCACUGUAGCAGCUCUGCCAUGGACUUUGCCUUCUACCCGUGCUACUCACAGAAGAUUGGAAGUGUCAUGGCACUGCAUGUUGGUGCUUGCAGAUCCUUCAAGUACCAUUGUGUCCCACCACAGGAGGCUUUGUCUUCUCCCACCCUAACUUUUGUCUGGUCUUUCUUCAGCUGAUUCCCAAGGUUAUUUUUUUCCCCUGUUUCCAGCCAAACUUAGCUGUCCACUUCAAUGCAGUGCUCUCUUCUGAGGUUUUCAGCCUGUGUUGCAAAUCCCCUUCCAGCACAGUGUAGGGACUUGCAAACUUUUUAAGACUGAAAAUUGAAAGACCUCCUGAAACUCUUUUGAUCUUGGAAUCCCACUGUUCUAACUGGGUGUGAAAGUGGCAUUAAUCUGAAUACUAGUGUGGCCACUGUCUGGUAUCUGAUUUGGAAUUUUUCCAAUUUUUUUUUAUAUUUUGCUGUGAACAUAAGUUAGUUGUAACAUAACUUAUGCUGUGGAGAAAUUUAUACUGGUUGCAGCUUGAGAGGUAGGGGUGCAGUGCUGCUGAUCCCAGAGAGCAGCUGCUAUGCAGUAACUCAAGGGUGUCAGGCAUACAGCCUGUAGGCUGCAGCUGGCCCAUGGAGCCUCUGUCCAGCCCAGCAGGCUAUCCAAAGUUGGUGCAUGUGGCCUGCCACAGAAUUCAGGGCCUUUUGACCCCACUGGCUGUGGCUGUUAGCGAUUUUUGAGCUUGGCUCCCUGCUGCUGCUCCUGGACUCACUUCUCCCAUUGGACCCCUUGCUGGUGACCACUGCAGCAGUCCUCAUGCCUCAGGCUGGAUCCAUCUUGCAAGGAGCCCCACAGUAUGGAGCCAUUUAUUUGGGGUCAAAGUUGAGAUAGUUUAGCUUGCUUGUAUUGCCACAGACUCCUGCAUAAGUAAGAGUUACAGCAUAACAACUGUAGCCCAGUCUGGAGCAGCAGCAGCUCUUUCUUCCCUUUUGAAGUCUCUGCAAAUGGACCAUUGUCUGUUCCCUCACUGUUUGUAUGGUCCCAAAGAUUCAAUGCAAAACAAACUAAGUGGGACUUUUCCAUCAGUUAAGCCCAUCCUUUGGCUGCUGGCUUGUUGCCACACAGGAGGUGUUUGUAGAAUUUUAGGGUGAGAACUCUUUUAUUCUGCAUUUUCCUCUGCAUAUAGUAUGCAGUGUGCUGCCUCCUUUGGUGUUCCCCAGUCAGGUAAACUGAGAGGCUUGAGAAGGCAAGAGAUUAAAAAAAAUAAUUCCUGUCUUUUAUUUGAAAAAAGGUUAUAAACGAACUCAGUCAGUCAGUCUCUCGAUGGUAGUUCCAACUCAUUUGAACCUUGCCUACGGUUCUGGUGGCUAAACAUGAUUUUUAAAAUGGAAAAGAAUUGGCUGCCUCUGUAUAUUUAAAAAAAAACCAAAAAAAACCCCAACUUUGUGGCGACUUAGCCAUCCGCUCCAUGUUAAAUACUGUCUUCUAACUUUAAAAUCCAGCAGUUUGAUUUACCAUCAAGCUGCAGAAUUAUGCCGCAACCUUGGUGUGGAUUAACUAAAAUUUCCUUUACUUCUGAAUUAUUGAGAGGAGACCGGGAGUACCAAAUGCAAGGCGAUAAGCAGAUUCUCAACUCCUUAGCAAGCAUUUUGUUUCUGUGAAUAAGAAUAUUUCAUGUUCUUACUGUAGAAAUGAGCAGAUUUAAAAUUUCACUUGUGUAUUUUUGCAAAGAGAAAGUUUACAGGGAUGUUAGACAAGUUGCAGAAUGGCUCCUUGUACUGGGGAAACCUGUUCUUGGGCACAGUUCUCUGCCUGUAGCCAACAUAAGUAGUGACCUUCAUGUUACCAGAUCUGUGCCACUACUAAAAUCCCUCCCACUUACCCUCCUAAAAGUUGGGAUACAAUUCUCCUUUGUAUAUCUUGCCUUUUAAAACAGGAUUAUGUAAAAAAUCUCCAUUUACUUUUAUUUUCUGUAAUAUUUCGUUCUUGUAUUUUUAGAAAAUGUAAAUAAUAAAGCACUUAGUUACCAAAUGCUGCUGUUGCUGCUGCUGGCAUAAUUGCCUGAUCAAGUGAAAAAGGUAGUCUGCUCCCCUUCUAGAUAAAUGUAAACCAAGCUCUGCAGACUUUGGCAGGAUACCUGACAUUCAACUGAACUUGUGUGUUGCAUUUCAGAGCUUCUAGUAUAUUUUAAUACCAGAGGCUUUUAUGAAAUCAAAAUGGGAUUCCUUGUAAAAUGGUUUCCAUAUCAAAUUUAUUUCAUGUUAUGAGGACUUUGUCUGCUGCAGAUUUUUGUAUUUAAAGCAAUUUAAGGGAAAAUGUGAGGAUGCCAAGGACAACAGCCAACAGCAUGGUCAACUCCAAAGUCCCAAGACCAUACUAUUUUUGUUUUAAAGAUUAUAUGGUGGUUUAGGUCUGUAUUUUGUCUGGUGUUAUCCCCUGCCUGUCCCCAGUGUGAGAGUGACUGUUUUUAUGUUGCCAAAUCUCAAAUUUAGAGUGUAGAAUGACUUGGCCCCUGCUUGAGGAGCUCUCACUGGCUGCUUUAUGAUUGGAGAGAAGUAGUUAUCCAUGUUAGUCUGUUGUUAGCCAGAAGGCAGGGCAAGGUGGCAAGUUAAUCUCUAAGGCCCCUGGCACAUUACACUUACAGCAUGAUUAACAUGGCCCAGCCUGCUACAUGUUCAGCCAAUUUAUGGUGCCAUAAAUAUGUGGAACAUCUUUGUGGCUCACAUGUAUGGUGUCAUAAAUUAAACAAGUUGCACCCCUCCUCCCCUUGUUUUCCACUCUUUCCCCCCUCCCCUCCCAAUCCUGACAAUCAACAUUGGCAUUGGGAUGGGGUUUGGUGUUGGGAUCAGGACAGCCCUGGCCAUCCUGAUGCUGACAAUGAGCUAUACACAUCUUUUUAAAGGUGCCAGUGCAUAAGGACCUGAGAUCAGGGAAUGGUUCUGGGUCCUGUUGUCUGGGGGUAUCUAAAAACUGCUCCUUUGCUUGAACCCUGGGCAAAUAAUCAGCUGAUUGUCAGUCCCACACACAGGGCUGUGGGCACCUGACUUUCAAUUUGCCAGUGCAGGGGAAGCUGAGAAUCAUAAUCCCAGACUCGUUCUUUGCUGAUAGGCACAAAGGGUAUGAUUGAAAUCUGCUCCCUGAUUCCAGAAGUCACACUUGCCACCUGCAUGUGGCAUGACAGGAGGUGCGAUUAGGACGGCAUCAGAUCCCAUUGUGCAACGAACAUGUGCCAGGGACCUAAGGUACCACCUUGCCCUGGUUUAUACGUUGUGGUGUGAAGCUUCUAGCUUCAAAGGUCCAAAAUUCUAAUUACUAUGGCCCAGCCUACACAUACUGGUUUUCUAGCCCCUUCAUCUGUAUCAUGCCUUUCCAGUGCAGCUCCUCAGCUUUUGGGGUUUAUUUUGAGUUUGAGGGGAGGUGGAGUGAGAAUGGGGAACCUCAACAAAUCUCUUCCCAGGCUUGCUAAUAUAGGGAGUAUUGUGGGGAGAACACCUAAAAGGAGAAUAGCCCAUUGUUCAUGGGGGAGAGGGAGAAUAGAGACAGCUGAAUUUCUGGGCUUGUUUCAUUCUUGGCUGUGGGAAUAUAGUCAGCUGCUCUUUCCUUCUGUACAAAAAUGUCCUUGCCAUCCGAAAGGAAGGGAGAAUACCUUUGCUGGCAUAUGCCUUGAUUAGCCACUGUUAAUCCCUUCCCCACUACUUUUUCCUUCUGGGAAUUAGCAGCCAGUUAGAGUGGGCUGUCUUCCAGAAACAACCUUAAGAAGGUUGAAGCUUCUUCUUUCUUCAGAGUGACACUAACUUGGGCAAAAUUACAUUUAUUUGUAAGAGCUCACAGUACUGAUGGGUAGCUUUUGACUUCGGGUGGUGUAUGCAGUUUUAAAUUCUUAGUCCGGGGGGGGGGGACACAACAGUAAAGAGACUUCUUUGUUGGCAGCAUGUGUUCUUGCACACACAUGUGCACACAUUGCUUAUUUUUUCCAUCACAGUUAAAGAAAUAUAAUCUUGUGGAAGGGGAAUAGCUAAAUUGGGGCUUUCUAGCUGGCAGCCACAUUUGGCCUGCAAGGAGUUAAUUAGCAGCCUCCCCAGGCUCUCACCUAGCUGCCAUUCCCCUAAUUGCUCCAGCUGCAGUAACAGCUGGGGGACUCUGGGCUCCCCUGCCCUUCUUCAGUUUUUGCUUCCUGCCCUUGCUCCAGGGGGCAAGAUGGGGCAGAGUGGUAUGCUAUAGUCUACAGUUCUGGGGCAGACUAUAGCAUACCCCAGCCCAGGGUAGCUGUAUGAUGUAGUGGAGGAGAGCCUGUGACUGGGGAGCUAAAAGCGGGCACAGCAGGGAGCACGUAUAUAAUAAAGCAAGGGUGGCGGCGAGGCGGGAGGUGCGCCUGUCCACCUGAAAGGCCUGUGGCUUGCAUUGGUGCUACCUGUGUAUCUGUGGUCACUUAGACACCCCUGAGCUAUAUCAAUAUAACUGUCCAUAUUAGGAGUUUUCCUGGGAGUUCUCUGACUUUAAAAAAAGAAUUGCAAUUCUACCCAACGUUGUUGUACCAGCAUGAAACUCUAUAUCACAUCUUUAUUGUGGGCAAAGUUGUGGGAUCACAUCUUUAGAGCAACAAGAUGCUUUGCUCCAGUAGCUGUUAGUACACCCAGUAGCCAUGCACAGGUACACCAGCUCAAGGUUUUCACACAUUUCUGAAAAGUGUGGAAGACAGUUACUGCUAAUAAAGAAUUACAUUUCUUUAAAUUUAAAUAAAUUGGUAUCAGAAAGUUUAAUAAUACACAGAUGAAAGGGGAAAACUAUUUAAUUCAGAGCCAUUGCAGAACUGUCAAACUUGAGCACUCAACAAUAUUGUCAACAUAAUUUGGGGUUUUUUCUUUUGUCUUUAGUCUAUUUAGGUCUCUUGGGGUGUGUCUACAUGUCACUGUAUGGCGGUGUUGCUACAGCACCAUGCUUUAGUAAUACUUCUAGGAAGUACUAAAGAGUGGCACAGUAUGGGAAGUUAGUGCUCUGUGUGCACAGCACACAGUUAGAUUUUGCUGCUACGUCACCAUAGUGGCACACUAUACUGGGGGAGCGCACUGCUACGGUGAUGUAGCUGCUGAUCACAUGUAGACCCAUGUGAUUAUGUUGCCAUAGCAUGCCCUAUGGCAACAUAGUGUGACUCUUGCUGUAGUGUGACAUGUAGACAGACAUGCCCUUACUUCACCUUCUCUAACUUUUCUCCACAACAAAGGCUUACCUUUACAUUUUAAAAAAAUGUAGAUUUUCACGGUCUAUUUUAGAAGCUUGGGGCGGGUGCAUGCAUGUACAUCUAUUUUUGUUUGUUUUAAGAAAUACAGCAAAAAUGCAAGAAUUGACAUUUUACUGUUGUUUCAGGCAGUCUGCAGAUUGGGGAAAUAACACCUCACCAGGAGUGUUAACCUUGCCUGUAGCAAAUUUAUGGCUACACUGAUACAGACAUCACAGUUGUCAGCUACAUUGUAUGAGCUGGCCUUCCGGGAUGGAACUCAGGAUUUAUGACUCCACUGCAGCAGUCUUCUACCCUUUCAGAGGGAGAUGAAGCUCUUUGUUAGCUCUUGGAACAGCAGCUAUAGAACAAGGUAAGCACAAGUAUAGUGAGCCAAACACUACCCUUAGCUCAUGGAAGUUUCGGGAAACAUUUUCCAGGGGUUGGCAACCUGCAACUCCUGGGCUAGAUCCAGCUCACAAAGAGGUCUGAUCUGGUCUGCAACGGUCUGAUCUGGCAAGAGGCUGCAAUAUACUGCCCAUCCCUUCCACAGCAUUCCAUUCUACUGGAGAGCCUGCUGCUCCACCAUCUCUGUACUUAUGCUUGCUACAGAGGGGAUGUGGUGAAAGUAAGUGCAGGCAGCUGGCUACUUCUGGCCCAUGGCAGGGGGCUGGGUUGCCAGGGUGGCCCAUACUGGUAAAAGAUUGCUAACCUCUGCAUUAGGGUACUCUAGUUACCUUCCAGUAACACUAAAAUUGCAUUGCACUUUAGUCCUCACUGAGCAUGUCUAUAUGAAUUGUUUACUGCAGAGCUGCCUAAUUAGCUCCACAAUAAAGUGUCUGCAUUUACAUGUGCAGCCCUAUUGGGCCACAAUAAACAUAUUAACUCCUCCAUAUGUUAGUUCUUGUAAAUACAAGUACUAUCCUGCAGCAAUGUUCUUUACUAACGUGUAGAUGGUAAUGGGGCUAGCUGGGGCACAAGGGGGCUGCUUGCCUGAUAGCCCUGCACUGGAACACCCUCAUACCCCUUUCAGCCCCUCCACAGCAUAUUGAACCCAGAUGGAGCAGCCUCAGGCUGGUAGGUUGACCCCCUGGGCACCCUGACAGCUGGGGCUGCUCUGACUUGGCUCAGUGUGCUGCAGUCCUGGGUAUGAGUGUAAAUACAGUGCCUGGAAGCAAUAAACUCUGGUGUGAUAUGCACCAGAGUUUAUUGUAUCAUAUUAAUUGCACAUGUAGGCAUGUCUACUGUCUCUUCAAUGAAUAAGCAAGGGUCUUCAUUUGGUCCCGUUUCUGUACGAAUGGUGCUGUGAACUGUAAAACCCCUAUGCUGUGAGCUAUGUCUAACCAUCAGUGGCUGAAUUUCAGAACUGCAAAUGACAAACUGAUCGUAAUUCAGUCUCAUUAGCAGCUGAUAAUUAACAAUGGCUUCCAGCUUUUAGUCUGACACCCUUCCCCCCCCCCCUUCAGUAACCAAAGUUUUUCUCAAACUCUUGAGCUGUAGGUUGUGGGAUGGUGAUAUGUUCCACUUAGCAUUUAGCCUUUCAAGAUGGAAGCAGCUGAACUCCAAACAGACCCUGCCUGGAUCUUUUGAAUUAACCUUUCAAGG